UCCAAAAAUAAAAAUGUUACUUAUGUCGAAUGAGGACAAAAAUUAAAGCUUUUGAAGGACUCGUCGGACCCCUAUAUAUACCUUUGGCGCGAAUAUGAAAACUCACGUUUUUUUUUUCCAAUCAAAUGGAAGAGGAUAACGGAGAAAGAUCAAGCUUCGUCAUCGGCCUCAUUGAAAACCGUGCCAAAGAGGUUGGAGUAGCUGCGUUUGAUUUGAGAUCAGCAUCACUGCAUCUUUCUCAGUAUAUAGAGACUAGCAGCUCCUAUCAAAAUACGAAGACUUUACUGCAGUUCUAUGAACCUAUGGUGAUCAUUGUUUCCCCAAAUAAACUAGCGGCGGAUGGUAUGGUCGGAGUCUCACAACUAGCUGACAGAGUUUGUUCCUCCACAAGAAAGGUUAUAAUGGCUCGUGGUUGCUUUGACGAUACCAGGGGAGCUGUACUGGUUAAAGGUUUAGCUGCUAAGGGACCGUCCGCUCUUGGUCUGGACUCAUACUACAAGCAAUACUAUUUGUGCUUGGCUGCAGCAGCUGCAACUAUCAAGUGGGUCGAAGCAGAGAAAGGUGUUAUUAUAACAAAUCACUCAUUGCUGGUUACUUUCAAUGGAUCUUUUGACCACAUGAACAUUGAUUCCACCAGUGUUCAGAACUUGGAGAUAAUUGAGCCUAUGCACUCUUCUCUAUUGGGCACAAACAGCAAAAAGAGAAGUUUAUUCCACAUGCUUAAAACAACUCGAACUAUUGGAGGGACUAGACUUCUGAGGGCAAAUCUUUUGCAGCCUCUUAAAGACAUAGAGACAAUUAACACUCGACUCGAUUGCCUGGAUGAGUUGAUGAGCAAUGAGCAGCUAUUCUUUGGCUUGUCUCAAGCCCUUCGUAAGUUUCCGAAAGAAACAGAUAGGGUCCUUUGUCACUUCUGCUUCAAGCCAAAGAGAGUUACCAAUGAAGUCUUGACUUCGGAUAAUGGAAGAAGGAGCCAAAUUAUGAUAUCCAGCGUUAUUCUUCUCAAAACAGCUCUUGAUGCUUUACCGUUACUCUCCAAGGUGCUUAAAGAAGCCAAGAGUUGUCUGCUUGGAAAUGUUUACAAGACCAUAUGUGAGAAUGAAAAAUAUACUUCAAUAAGGAAAAGAAUUGGAGAGGUGAUUGAUGAAGAUGUCCUUCAUACACGAGUUCCUUUUGUUGCACGGACACAACAGUGUUUUGCUGUUAAGGCUGGAGCUGAUGGGCUUCUGGACAUGGCUCGGAGAUCAUUUUGUGAUACCAGCGAAGCUAUACACAAUCUCGCAAAUAAGUAUCGUCAAGAUUUCCAUCUGCCGAACUUGAAGAUCCCAUUCAAUAACAGGCAAGGGUUUUACUUUAGCAUUCCACAGAAGGACAUACAGGGAAAACUGCCUAGCAAGUUCAUCCAGGUCGUGAAACAUGGAAACAAUGUCCAUUGCUCGAGUCUUGAACUUGCUUCAUUGAAUGUGAGGAACAAGUCUGCAGCUAAAGAAUGCUGGUUGAGGACUGCACUUUGCCUGGAAGCAUUAAUGGAUGCAAUACGAGAGGAUGUUUCUGUGCUUACUGUUCUUUCAGAAGUGUUGUGCCUUUUAGACAUGAUGGUAAAUUCAUUUGCUCACAUGAUAUCAACAAAACCAGUUGAUAGAUAUACUAGAGCUCGUUUUACAUGUGAUGGCCCAUUGGCAAUAGAUUCUGGACGGCACCCCAUUCUGGAAGGCAUACACAAUGAUUUCAUUCCAAAUGGCAUCUUUCUUUCUGAAGCAUCAAAUAUGGCUAUUGUAAUGGGCCCAAACAUGAGCGGAAAAAGUACUUAUCUUCAGCAAGUUUGUUUAAUGGUCAUCCUUGCUCAAAUUGGUUGCUAUAUUCCUGCUCGAUUUGCCACUUUGAGGGUGGUCGAUCGUAUUUUUACAAGGAUGGGAACAAUGGAUAGUCUCGAAUCAAACUCUAGCACGUUCAUGAUGGAGAUGAAAGAGACAGCUUUUAUAAUGCAAAACAUUUCCCAUAGAAGUCUGAUUGUUAUGGAUGAAUUGGGGAGGGCGACUUCAUCCUCUGAUGGGUUCGCAAUCGCAUGGAGCUGUUGUGAGCAUCUAUUGGCACUUAAAGCGUACUCAAUAUUUGCUACUCACAUGGAAAAUCUGUCAGCGCUAUCCACCAUGUAUCCAAAUGUGAAAAUUCUUCAUUUUGAUGUUGACGUGAGGAAUAACCGCAUGGACUUCAAGUUUCAACUGAAAGAUGGGUCACGUCAUGUGCCACACUACGGCCUCAUGUUAGCUGGGGUAGCUGGAUUACCAAGUUCAGUGGUGGAAACCGCCAAAAGAAUCACAUCUAGGAUCACAGAGAAGGAAAUGAAGAGAAUGGAGCUGAAUUGCAGACAGUAUGAGGACGUAAAAUUGACUUACCGUGUGGCUCAACGGCUGAUGUGCUUGAAAUAUUCUGAUCAGGAUGAAGAUUCUUUAAGGGAGGCUCUGCAGAGCCUUAAGGAAAGCUGUAUUGGUGGAAGGCUUAGAUAAGUAGAAUGAUUUACUGCUUAUCUUUCUUCCACACUGUGACUUGAAUACAUCUGGACAUCUUGGACUUAGGAAAUCGAGGGUUAACUGGUUAAAAGUAACGGAUAAGCAUCACGUGCUGAAAUUGAAGCUGUUUAUAUACGAGUAUUUCGGAUAUUAGAAAAGAUUUAUGAAUAAAAUUCUAAAAGUAAACCAAAAGUGUUAUAACCUGUAAAAUCACAAGCUAAGGUGACCAACUAAUGACUGGUUUUAGCUUAUAAACACUUGAUUUUUAAGCA